UACGUUUCUCAAAUAUAUUAAGUGUACAUUUAUGUAUUAAUAUAAAGAAUCAAUUUACAAAUCUUCGUUUGCAAUUGGUUUUAGUUGAUAGGACUAUUUCUAGGAUUCAAUAAAAAGUGAAAAAAUAUAAUCUUGUGGUUAUAUCUAACGUAUAUAAAGUAAAAUGGGUAGUGAUCGCCACCACAGUCCUGAGCGGUUUCGCAGUAGGAGUCACGAGAGACGUCGCAGUCGUGAUCGUCGUGAUCGGAGUAAAGAUCGAAGGAGAAACUGUAGUAGAGAGAGAAGUAAGGAUAGAACAGAAAGGCAUAGAGACAAGUACAAAGAACCAGAGAGACCGCGUAGAGAUUAUGACAGAGGGAAGAGUUCAUAUAGAGAGCAUAAUGGAGGAGGGCUUGGUGGAGGUCUUGGUGGUGGUCCUGGACCCAGAGGUCGGUAUAAACCUCAGGAAGAAGAAUUUUUGGAUGCAAGGCGAGAGGAGCGAGAACGAAUAGGCACACUUGGAGUUUCAGCUAUAUGGGGCAAGUCACCCACAAGGCCUGAUGAUACAGAAGAUGAACAACCUACAAAGCAAGACAGUUCUGAUCACAAACAUAAAAAAAAGAGCAAGAAAUCAAAAGAUUCCAAAGACAACACAAAGGAGAAAGUAAAAAAACUCAAAAAAAAGCUCAAAAAGAUGAAAAAGGCUCGAAAGAAAGCUAAAAAAAAAUCAAAAGGUUCCAGCAGUGACUCUAGUACAAGUGAAGAAGAGAUAUGGGUGGAAAAAGGAAAAGAGCAUGAAGUUCAACAGGCACAAUCAAAACUAUGUAAAGACAAUGAAGAAUUAUCUUCGGAGAUCAUUGGUCCAGAGGCUCGUGCGAUCGGCAGUGGAGCUCUCAGUGUUAGGGAGCUUGGUGGUGCUCUACUACCUGGAGAAGGUGCUGCCAUGGCUGCUUUUGUGGCAGACGGAAAGAGAAUUCCACGCAGAGGAGAAAUUGGACUUACAUCUGAUGAAAUUGCCUCCUAUGAAGCUGUUGGAUAUGUCAUGAGUGGGAGCAGACAUCGACGCAUGGAAGCAGUACGUAUCCGCAAAGAGAACCAGAUCUACUCGGCUGAUGAGAAGCGCGCCCUCGCCGCAUUUAGCAAGGACGAAAGGAACAAACGGGAAAACGCUAUCCUUAGCCAGUUUAGAGAUGUCCUCAAAGCCAGACAAAAACGAGAAACUUAGUACGAAUAAAUAUCUUGUGCCCCAGCAGAGACACCACUCAAUCAGGGUAUAACCCGUUUGAAGAUGGUACGCCGUUACAUUAUUGGGUUGCAAUAACCUUUUCAUCUGUAACAAAGUACACAACGAGGACUGAAAUCAACCUUUUAAUUAAUAUUUUGUGACAGGUUAUAUGCGUUUCUUUGUUGAAAAUUCCACAUUCUACCAGGUGGUAUCAUCACCUCUAUUCGUUUAGUACAGUAAAAAAAUCUCAAUAAAAAAAAUCUUCUCAUUUAUCAAUAAAACUAACUAUUAUACCUUUGCUACAAUUAAACUAAUAUGUAUAAUAAAGCAAAUCAGCACAUUUAAAAUUAUGAGCCUUAAUGUAAAUCUAUUGAGAGGAAGUGUGAAAGUGGCCCCGGUAAUCAACAAAUUAAGGAGCGGACGGUUAGCGUGGUAUGGACAUGUGAUGCGUAGAGAGAAGAUGCAUGUGACU